AUGUGCACGCUGUUUCACCGGACCUACCUGAUGGCAAUGGAAAUGGCCAAGACGGCCAAGCGGGCGCUGGACUUUGAACUCGCCAUCCGAUCGACGACCAGUGGCCCGUCGGAUUCGUCGGCAGCAACCCUCGCCGCCGGGUACUGGGAGACAUCGCCGGACGGUAUUUUGUCCGGCCAGGCACUGUGGCUGGACCUGAAGCGUAUAGAGGCCGUAUACCGGGAGAGCAACACGCACGAUUAUGAAAUGGUCAAGACCGUGUCGCUCCGCCAGAUUAAUCCACUGGCCCUCCUCACCCUGCAGGAAAAGGGCGACGCAGAGUUUGAUAUCCCCGAGGUGCUGUUUGAUCUGGAUUUUCCUGGCCACUUCUGCCGGCGCAUUGUCUCGGUGGCCGUCUCCAUCCCGUGCAUCGUCGGCGCCAACACCAACCUCAGCUGCACACUCAGUCUUAACCAACACAAGUAUCGCAUUUCGUCCAGCGCAGAUGGAUACGAUGCCCAGAAAGCGGCGGCUUUCCGAACCGACCGUAUCCCUAUCACCUCUAUCGCCGUGAGCAGCGGCGUCCGGGACACGGGCGCUUUGGAUCUUGACUUCAGGGGCAACGAGCAAUACGGACCGUUCGAGGGCGCUGGCGCUAUUUCAACCUGGCACAUCUCACUCCCUAAGACACUACGGCAGUUCGAUUACAGCUCCAUUACCGAUGUCGUGUUACACCUGCGGUAUACGGCGUUCGGGGCUGGCGGCCUACUGGAGAUGAGUGCAUCCACGGCCGUGAACAAAUGGGCCAAACAGCCCACCAUCCCUGCCCCUGGCUCAGAGUAUGGGCGAGUGGAUAAGGUGCUGGCCGUCGACCUGGCCAAUGACUAUCCGUCCGAAUGGCAGCAGGUGUGCUCGACGGGAACGACGACACUACAGAAUCUUGAUCAACGGCUACCUUUCUGGGCACGCACCGCGACCAAGUCGAGCGCUAUUACUCUAUUAAUCACACCCAAGCCAGACAGCCCCAACCCGCAGAUACGGGCAAACGGAAUCACUGCGAAAGCGGAAGCUUCUGGACCUUUGGGUGAAUACUCGACGUACCAAUUCAAGCAGGGACUGGACGUUACGAAGCCCUGGACAAUUAAAAAUCUGAAUCAUGACCAUGGCUUCCAGCGUGCUUGGCUGCUCAUACAAUACUCGAUUUGA